AUAGCCCAGAUCUUCGGAAAGCGUGUCGCCGCUCUUCCCUCGUCUCGACCCCAUGCAUUUCCCCCUCAAGCUAGGUCCCCUGCCUUGUCGAUAGAUAGCCCCCGCUCCACAUUGUGGCCCGAUCCUCUCUUCGGCCCUCCUCUUCGUCCCUUCCGUUGCCCCCUACUCGUGUGGUUCGGUGACCCAAAACGAAUCCGGCACGCACGCAUCUCUCUGCCAUGGUAGUAUACAUGCCCUUUCCGACAUCCGGAAGAGGCGCUCCCUCCGGCGCCGUUUCCGUCCCAACCGCCCUGCCCGCUGCUUUCCUCCCAACCACAAGUCAUGCCGACGUGGCUCGACGUAACCCGCCCCCUGCCGUCAGUCGCCGCCCGUCCCUCGCCCCGUCCGAGUCCAGCCCCUUCUGCCCUCGCCUGGCCGAGUACCCCAGCAGCCUUCUCGCCCUCGGCCAGCAGCUGACCCACCCGGAGAUCGACUCCUGCGAAAGCUCGGUCUCGCUGGCGGCUCCUGCCUCCUCGCUCCUCCCUUCCUCCGGAUUAUCAUCUGGCCCCCACUGCUCGUCGGACCUUUCCUCGCUACCCUCCUACACGUCGCCCCCUUCGAUCGUCGCCGGCCUCACUGCCACCCCGCCCGGGACCAGUUCCAUCGGUGCCUCGGCUAGCGUUGCCGCUGUCGCUGCCGGUAUUUCGGUGGUCACCUCGCAGUCGACGUCCGACCUUCCGACCAGCACCGCCACCACCACCGCCGCCGCCGCCGCCGCCGCCGCCGCCACCACCACCACUGUCGCUCCCGCCAGCACCGACAUGCGCCUGCCGCCACCCCCCGCCUAUCGGGAUCACCACCUUGUGACUGGACCCCCGCCGGCCAAUGUUGUCACCGCCCUCACCGCCGCGCACUAUCUUGGCUGGUCCAACCAAAUCGAGGUGCUGGAUGCCCCAGUCGGCCCGGCCCAGGCGGCCCUCAGCGACAAGGCACAUGCCCUGUCUUCCCUUGAGUAUUCGACCGACACGCUGACAUACCUGCUGAGCCGCGAGGACACCUACAUGGCCUCGGCUGACUACAUGGCACACCAGGGGGUUGUCACGCCGGCCAUGCGGCGCGUCCUCAUCGACUGGCUGGUCGAGGUGGCCAUCGAGUACAAGCUCGGCUCAGAGGCCCUCUACCUGGCAGUCAACUACAUCGACCGGUUUCUCUCCAAAAUGCACGUGGCCCGGACGAUCUUCCAGCUGGUUGGCAUCGUCAGCCUCAUGAUCGCCGCCAAGAUGGUCUGCGUCCGCCAGCGCAUCCCCCCUCUGUCCACCUUCGUGGCCGUGUGCAAUAGCAUCUACGACGCGCGCGACCUUCGCGCCAUGGAGCUCUGCAUGAUGGAAACCCUCUCCUUCGAGCUAUGCGCCCCGACAUGCGCCUCCUUCAAUCCUCGCUUCCUGCAGAUGGUCGAGCAUGUCAAGGUCGAUGAGGAUGUCUUCAAUGUCACCUGGUUCCUCACCGAGCUGGCCCUCCUGAGCUACGAAAUGGUCUCCUUCCGCAAGUCCCUCGUCUCGGCCAGUGCUCUCUUCAUCAGCCUGUGCGUGACAUCGCGCGCCCCGCCGGCCCUGUCGUCCGAGGCCUGGGCCGCGUCCGAGGAGGGCAUUGCCGCCCAUGCCGCCUUGCCCCCGGCCUAUUGGCACCUGCAGCACCUGCACCUGCAACAGUCCUACCAUCAGUAUUUGCUCCAGGUGUAUGGGCAAAUCUGGCCGAACUACCUGGCCGAGGCGGCCGGCUUCUCCAUCUCCCAGCUGCUUCCGUGUGUGCGACUUCUGCAUGCCCUCUUCAUUGAGGCGUGCGGUGGGAUCCCUCGGGCCCAAGUGUCCGACCUGGGGCCUGACCCCGAGGCAGCCAGCGCCGCCUCGCUGAGCAACGACCCGGAGCCGGCCCCGGCCGGUCCGGCGGCCCUCGACACCACCUCCGAGGGGCUGGACAAUGCCCCGGAAGACACCGCGGCCCUCACCGCCCGGGCUGCCGGCCUGAUGCCGGUCCCGGCUGCAGUGGCCUUUGCCUCGGAGGACCAGCCCAUCCGGCCAUCCUCGGCGGCCAUUGCCGGCGGCUCCCAAUGCGCUGGCGAUGGUGGCAGUCCCCGGCUGCAGCCGGGGCCCGGCCGGUCUUCGGCCGCCGCCGCUGCCGCUGCCACCGCCUCCCCCAUGUUGGCCGCCUGCCGGCCACCCCUGAGUCCGAUUUCGCUGCCCCCCUCUUCCGAGCAUCUGGCCCGCGCGAAUGCCAUCGGAGUCGAUGCCCCUGGCCCUGGCGCCGCCCCCGCGGCCGGUGCCGGCCAUGCAUACACUGCCCCUCAGGCGGCUGACCAGCCCUGGACCGUGGUCACCGCGUCCCCUUCCGUCGGGCCGGUCCCCGCUUCCGGCCCUGCCCCUCGGCCUGAGACUCCAGGCGCUGAUGAUGGGGGCGAUGCCUCUCCCCGGGCGCCGGCGCCCGCGGGUCAAUCCGCCUCGCCCCCGGCGCCGCUUCCCCCGGCGCCGCUGCUAUCGCAAUCGGCCAUCGUGCAGAAGUUCAAGCCCUGCAUCGAUCGCCGAGUCAGCCUGCGCCCGCUGUACCUGGCCGAGCUUCCCUGGUUCGACUGGGUGAUGCCUGAUCCAUCCCCUCAGCAUGGCCAUGCCCCGCAGCCAAUGCCGCAGUCGCAACCCCAGUCGCAGCACUCACAGCCACAGCCGCAGUCUCCUGCUCAACAGCCGGCUUCGGCUCCUCGGCCACCGAUGAGACUCCGCCCAAUCCCGAGCCCGGUGCCCCACUCCCAGGCCUUCCACCAGGAGGCGGCUGGCAACCUCCUCAAUGGGGGCCAGCGUCCGAAGCGCUCGGCCACCAUGGCCGCUUUCAUCCCGGAGGAAGGCACCAUUCCUCCCCGCCACGCUCUGACCGUGGCUGCUGCUGCUGCCGUCGCCGUCGCCGCCGUCACCGACGAUUUACACAAGCGCCGCCGUUUGGAUCGGCCCCACUCGGCUCAGCCGACCCAGUAACUGGGCAUCCGGCCGUCCCACCGGCAUUUGCCUCUCCGUCCCCCCCCCCCUCCCGUGACAUUCUCCCCUCGCCAGGAGAUGGCAGGUGGGGAGGGGGUUCAACCGCUUAAACAGUUUUCCCCCAAGCGGCGCCCCCUUCCCCUCCCUCACCACUCGUCUGCGUCGAAGAAAAAAGAAAAAAGAGAAGAGGAGGCCAAAAAG